AGUAAUAUACUUGAAUUAAAAACUAUAUUAAUUUUAAAAAAGUUAUUAUUAUUAACACAUAUUGAGGAUAUGAUGACGACGAAUGUUUUAUUUUAUAAGAUAUUCUGAAUUAUUAAAAGCAAGUUUUGGGCAAAUGUAUUUAAUUCUUUUUGUGAUACUGGUGUGUUCGGCAAGUAUCAAUUUAUUAAAUGUGAGUAAUACAACAUUUAUAAAAUAUAAAUACAACAUUUAAAAAAUUUUAGUUAGUAAUAUUUUUCAUUAAUUUUUGAAAAAAUAAUUUGUAAUAUUCAAAACAAUAAAUUUCUUUCAAAAACAUUGACGCGCUAUUGUUUGCAGUUUUCUCGAACAAUGAUGACAGAAAAAAUAUUAGAUAUGAUUAAAUCUCUCAUGUUCAUAUUCUUAUAUGUUACAUGUUUGACUAUGGCUAAUUAUGCUGGUCAGAAAUUUAUUGAUUGUGAUACGCAUGUUUAUCGAACCAUAUGUAAUACGAAAUGGUAUAAUGCUCCGUUAAAAACACAAAAAUUAAUAUUCUUCUUGAUACAAAAGACUACAAAAUGCUAUAAAGUUGAUGCCGGUGGUAUGUUUAGUCCGUGUUUCGAAGGUUUAGCCACAGGUCUCAGUAUGACGAUUUCUUAUUUCAUGGUUCUUUCCGCCACAUAAUUAUAGCAUCUGAUAUUAUAUAAAAGGCACUUCUAUUUUG